AGCAGAGUCCCCGCCGCACAACCUGGUGCAGCUGCGCGCUCGGACCUCGCUUGUUCGGGAUGGGCAGCUACCUGCGAACCGUGCACUCGCUCUGCAGAGCCCCAAGCUCGGCACGGGCCUGGGCACCGGCCGCCCUGACUGUCCCCAACUGGCCGGAGCAGCCACGGCGCCACUAUGCUGACAAGAGGAUCAAGGUGGAGAAGCCCGUGGUGGAGAUGGACGGCGACGAGAUGACCCGCAUCAUCUGGCAGUUCAUCAAGGAGAAGCUUAUCCUGCCUCACGUGGACGUCCAGCUCAAGUAUUUUGACCUUGGGCUGCCAAACCGUGACCAGACCAAUGACCAGGUCACCAUUGACUCUGCGCUGGCCACCCAGAAGUACAGUGUGGCUGUCAAGUGUGCCACAAUCACCCCUGACGAGGCUCGUGUGGAAGAGUUCAAGCUGAAGAAAAUGUGGAAAAGCCCUAAUGGAACCAUCAGAAACAUCCUUGGGGGAACCGUCUUCAGAGAGCCAAUCAUCUGCAAAAACAUCCCCCGCCUUGUCCCUGGCUGGACCAAGCCCAUCACCAUAGGCAGGCACGCCCAUGGCGACCAGUACAAGGCCACAGACUUUGUGGUCGAUCGAGCUGGCACGUUCAAGAUGGUCUUCACCCCAAAGGACGGCAGCGCGCCCAAGGAGUGGGAGGUGUACAACUUCCCCGCCGGCGGCGUGGGCAUGGGCAUGUACAACACCGACGAGUCCAUUUCGGGCUUUGCGCACAGCUGCUUCCAGUACGCUGUCCAGAAGAAGUGGCCGCUCUAUUUGAGCACCAAGAACACCAUCCUGAAGGCCUAUGACGGGCGUUUCAAGGACAUCUUCCAGGAGAUCUUUGACAAGCACUAUAAGACUGACUUUGACAAGAAUAAGAUAUGGUACGAGCAUCGGCUCAUCGACGACAUGGUGGCCCAGGUGCUCAAGUCUUCAGGGGGCUUUGUGUGGGCCUGCAAGAACUAUGAUGGUGAUGUACAGUCUGACAUCUUGGCUCAAGGCUUUGGCUCCCUCGGCCUGAUGACGUCUGUGCUCGUCUGCCCUGAUGGGAAGACAAUUGAGGCUGAGGCUGCUCAUGGGACGGUCACUCGCCAUUACCGAGAGCACCAGAAGGGCCGACCCACCAGUACCAACCCUAUCGCCAGCAUCUUUGCCUGGACAAGGGGUCUAGAGCAUCGAGGGAAGCUGGAUGGGAACCCGGAUCUCAUCAGGUUCGCGCAGACGCUGGAGAAGGUGUGUGUGGAGACUGUGGAGAGUGGAGCCAUGACCAAGGACCUGGCUGGCUGCAUCCAUGGCCUCAGCAAUGUGAAGCUGAAUGAACACUUCCUGAACACCACGGACUUCUUGGACACCAUUAAGGGCAACCUGGACCGAGCUCUGGGCAAGCAGUAGGGGCAGCUACUGCCCAGCUGCAGUGGGCACUCCAUACAUGGUAGAGGGUGAGCCUCACAACCUCUCUCUCUGGUGGCCUUUCUAGGGGAUAUUUUCUUUUUCUAUGAUGGAGAUGUUUUUUAAAGUAUGUGAGCGUUUUUUCUCCCUCACAGCGGACACGAGGCAGGAACGGUGUGCCUUACCUCAGCCAGUCAGUGUGUUUUGCAUACUGUAAUUUAUAUUGCGCUGAAUCACAUGGUGCCAUAUUUAGCUACUAAAAAGCUCUUCGCCAAAUUGUCUUGCUGUGUUUGUCCCUGAGUGGGAGGAAGCAGCUGGCAGGAUGCCCCAGGGACAGGGUUGGGGUGCCUCCAGCUGUUAAUAGGUCAGCUAGGAGGCCGCCUUUCAGAAGAGGCAGCCUGUGGGCCUCAUGCAUUCUACAGAAACCGCCAGAGUUACUAGACUUUUGGGGUAAGGCCCUGAGUGCUUCACAAAACUGUCCGUGGUGUCUCAGUCUCCUCUCUAAGCAGGAGGCAGCUGGGGCUAGGGCCUAGGGGCAAAGACUCACACAGAAUUGCCAAGCAGGAUCCCUUCUAGCUAGCUCUCUCCAUCUAGGGAUUAUCACUGUGAUAUUCUGAAUAUUUAUUAUUAACAUAGGCACCUCUUAUACGUGUAGACCAAGCGAGCAUCCCCCCGCCGCAUCCCCAGACCUAGUCUUCUAUUUGAGACAGGGUCUCACUGUGUAGCUCUGGCUUGUUUGGAACUCACUAUAUGGGUCAGGCUGGUCUUGAACGCCCAACAGUCUACCUGCCUCUGCUUCCUGAGGGCUGGGAUUAAAGGCUUUUUUUUCUGUUACACUCUUAAAAACAUCCUCCCAGGCCCUUCUUUGUAUGGCUUUCCAAGGUCUUCCCAAGGUUUGUGUAUAUGGGGUCCCCUGAUCUCCGCCUCAGGUUCAUCCGCACCACUUUGGCACAACUAUAAAAGGGGGAAAAGCUGCUCCAAAGCCAUAUGCACACCAUUGGCAAGCAUGCCCUCAUGCAGUGAUUUCUUUCUCUCUUUCUCUCUCUCUCUCUUUCUUUCUUUUGAUAAUAUAGUUAGUUCUCUGUGUCCA